UGUGUGUGUGUGUGUGUGCGCGCGCGUGUGUGUGCGCGUGUCAAUGUCAAUGAAUGCUCUGAGUCAAGUCUUCCUCUGAAGAAAACGUAGCUUACACCCAUAGGCCACUCUUGGCUCAUAAAAACCUCUUAGAUUGUCUUUGGAUAAUUGACACAUCCAUCUGCAUUAUUCUAAAAGAUAAUUAUCAGAAACUCUGACAGGUUUGUACCCUCCAUUACACCGCAGCCUUACUGAAAUAAGUGUUUUGCCACAUACUCUCCAAUAGAACAUGCAGUCCUGGUGCAGGAGCAAAAUAACUAAGCAAAUUUCACCCGAAUGGCUUUUUGUUAAAACUGCAUUUUUUUGGUUGUGGCAUUUGUUCACUUUGUGUUCUUUGUUUGUAUUACUCAUUUUUUUUACCCACUUGAUUGACAUUUCUUUAAAGACCCUGGUGUUCACACGCUACUAUAUUUCAAGAUGACAUUUCAUAUGACUGUACUGUUGGAGCCCAAUAAACAGUCUUUCAGUUACAUCAAACAAUAGUCGCUUUUAUGUUAAUCCUUACUGUCCUUUUAAGUGUCUUGAUUCAAUUAUUAUUAUUAUUGUGACGUUCUCUAUAAGAGUAAUUGCCGCUAAUGACCAGAAACAAACUAUGAAGGAAAUGUAUGCACCUUUAUCGAUGCUACACCUGUCGGUGUUAUAUUAUCAUUUUAUGUUAUUGGAUUAUUAUUAUAAUGUAGAAGCUGGUUUUAAUAAUGGAGCUGGUCGAUGUGGAGCUCAUUUGAACUAUUUAUCAUUUGUAAUGAUAAUUUGGUGUUAAAAUAUAAUUCUUGUAAAGUAAGCCAUAAAUCAAUGUUGUGAGGUGAAAAAGUACAAUAUGUCCCAGUAAAUUGUAGAGUGGAUGUAUACAUUGGAAGAAAAUGGAAACACUCAAGUAAAGUACAGCUGCUUCAAAAAAAAAAGUGCUGUACUUGUUACAUCCCACCAGUGUACAGCUGAUUCAUUUGAUAAAUGAAGUGGUGUAAAACGUGCAAUAUCUGCUAAAGUAUAAAGUAGAAUAAAAUGGAAAAAUAAAAGUAUACACUAGGCCUUUACGCUUUUUCUUUUCAACCAGCUGUGGAACAGGUGUUUAUUUAAACAGCCUGAACGCUACUGGUGGGGUAGCGAUACGUCACUGUCUUCGAGGCACAGGUCAGCUGUGAUACCGCUGCUAGGUGGCAGCACCACGACAGAGCUGUGUGUGUGGGGGGUGUGGUUGUCUCUUUCUGCCUGUACGCGCGCGCACGUGGGCGUAGAACAGCCCCUUGACUAUAGGUACAGCUGUCUUAUUUGUGCUCGAGCAGAUGUUGCUGAUCUUCGUGUCAGUGAGGAGGAAAGAGUGCGUCUUCCUCCAGCUCGACAAACAGCAGGAUGUCUUCGGAAAUAUUUGAGAAGAAGAAGACGAUAGACCUGAGGAAGAAGCACAUUGGGCCGUCUUGUAAGAUUUUCUUCAGCCAUGACCCCAUCAAGAUUGUGCGAGCCAAAGGCCAGUACAUGUAUGAUGAGAAAGGUCUCCGCUACCUGGAUUGCAUCAACAAUGUGGCUCACGUGGGCCACUGUCACCCGGAUGUAGUGAAGGCAGGAGCUCAGCAGAUGGAACUGCUCAACACCAACUCGCGAUUCUUGCACGACAACCUUGUACUGUACGCCCAGAGGCUGCAGGCCACACUGCCCGACAAGCUUUCCGUGUGCUACUUUGUCAACUCAGGCUCUGAAGCCAACGACCUGGCCCUCCGACUAGCAUGGCAGUACACCGGCCACAAAGAUAUCAUCACGUUGGAAAAUGCGUAUCACGGCCAUGUCUCAUCGCUCAUUGACAUCAGUCCGUAUAAGUUCCACCACCAGUCAGAUGCUGAGCACAAUCAAUCAGUCCAUGUGGCUCCCAGCCCAGAUGUGUACAGAGGCAAAUACAGAGCAGAUCACCCUGACCCUGCCUCCGCAUAUGCGGAUGAAGUCAAAGAUAUAAUACACGGAGUCCACGAAAAAGGAGGCAAGAUUGCCGCUUUUAUUGCGGAGUCAUUGCAGAGUUGUGGUGGGCAGGUCAUUCCCCCGAUGGGCUAUUUCCAUCAAGUGGCACAGCAUGUCCGCAAGGCAGGGGGCAUUUUCAUCGCCGACGAAGUCCAAGUGGGCUUUGGUCGUGUCGGCACCCACUUCUGGGCCUUCCAGCUUCAGGGAGAGGAUUUUGUGCCUGACAUUGUCACGAUGGGAAAGCCUAUUGGCAACGGUCACCCGAUGUCAUGUGUGGUCACGACCAAAGAGGUGGCAGAGGCCUUCUUGUCAUCUGGAAUGGAAUAUUUCAAUACUUUUGGCGGUAACCCAGUGUCGUGUGCCAUCGGCAUGGCCGUCCUGGACGUGAUUGUGACAGAGGAUCUCCAGGGUAAUGCACUGCGUGUGGGGAGAUACCUGACCAACCUGCUGGAAAAGCAGAAAGAGAAGCAUCCACUGGUUGGUGAUAUCAGGGGUCGAGGCCUCUUUGCCGGGAUGGAGCUUGUGAAGGACAGGUUGAGGCUUACUCCUGCGACAGCGGAAGCCCAAGAAGUUAUAUAUCGGCUAAAGGAACAGUACAUCCUUCUUAGUGCUGACGGACCUCAUCGCAAUGUGCUCAAAUUUAAGCCCCCCAUGUGCUUCACUACGGAGGACGCUGACCUGGUGGUGGAGAAAAUCGACCAAAUUCUCACAGAGCUUGAACAAGCAUUGGGCUUGAAGAUGCACAAUGCAUUGGGUGUAGAGAAUGAAAGCAGCAAAAGAAAGCUGCCAACUGAUGAAAAUGGACACCAGUGUCACAGUGGGUUAGCACACGACACAGGGAGCAGUUGAGGAUUUCCUCAACAAACCAAACGCUUCAGGACAUAACGCUGCCAGCAAACGGAGUCAGAGCUGUGAAGUGACAACACUUUAUCUUUUACCGAGUUAAAAAGCUGAGUUCGGACAUAAUAAACUUUAGAGGUGACAAAAUGCUUGGGGGGGGGGGAAAUAAAGUGCCUUUGCAUGUAACCUGAUUAACACAGUAUAUCUCUGAGAUUGCAGUGUCUUCUCAGGUACUAUUUAUUUUUAUUUUAUUACAAGCCACUUGUCCCCAUAACAACAUGUCUAUUAUGGGUUUUUUUUGGUGCAAAACAUUCCCUUAAUUAUGAAAGCUACCACGCUACACAACCUGUGUACUCUUAAUUUUAAUAUCCGUCAACAUUCACUUGAUCAUGAUUUUCAGGGAAAUCAGAUGUUGAUAAAUCAUAAGUAAAUAAAUCAAAAGGUAAUAUGUCAAAUAAUCCAAUGGUGUCCUCAUGUCUUAAGCCUUCAUUUACAGCUUUCACUGAUUUAGAAGCAUUACUCACUUUUGUUAAAAUGUGUGCAAUACCUGUUUAGACCAUUGCACAUUUUGUGGUGAUCAAUCUGUUUUGAAUAAAAUACUGUAUGUGAUACUUUGUUAAUAAAUGGUGGAAAGUCUGACCCUGACCGCUGCCUUAAAUCAAAUGCAGAUUGAAUCAAAUGCAUGUAUUUGAUUCAAUCUGACCACCCACGAGCCACUGAUCACAAUGUAUAAGAUGAAUGCAGAGACAAAAUGAAGGAAGAGACGAGGGAGUGGUGGUAUUCUAUAUUUUGAUAAGAGCAUUUUGCUAUCAAUUAACGUCACAGAUGUGUCUGAGGGUUGAAAGUACAGCGGCACUUUAUGACUGUGGAGUAUGUCCUCCCCUUUUAUUACUUCCAAUAUGUAGAUCCAUUAUAGAUUUUACCUCCUGAGUACAUUAGGCAAUUAUUUACCAUCAGUUUCUACCACAUGUAUCUGCCUAGUAUCCUUUGUACAGUAUUUGGACUUGGGGAAGUACAGCUGUGAACUGCAUUUCCCAUGUGUACUUGCAUGACAGCACAGGUGUGGUCCGUUUGAUGUGAUUAUAAGAUCUGGGAUUUCCAUUUUUUAUCAAUUAUCUGAUGUAAUGAGGUUCUAGUGAACAAAAGCUUCACAGUCAUUAAAUUCUUGCAAAUUCAAAAUGUAAAUCUCAUUAUUUGUGGUCUUCUGGAGCCGUAGCAUCAUGGGUGAGAUGGUGACUAUAAAACUGCCUUGGAUGAUUUGAAGCAUAGCCUAUGAAGUAGAACCAGAGAAAACAGAAAUUUGCUGAAACAGCAAUAAUCGUGAGCAGUCGCGUCAUAUUAAGGCAUAAAUUAGAAUUUUCAACACAAGUUUUGUUUAGUGUGCGUCCCCACACAGAUGGAAAACAAAGACUUAUCACCAUUUACAAUGCAGGAAGUUAUUCCCCUCUCUGCAAAAACAGGUUGAAGAGGAGCUACAACCAAUUACCCAUUGUCAACAGAUGGUGCUUUAGCAGACUCGGCAACUCGCAGUGUAAUGGGGUGUGUAUUUUAUGCACUGCUGAACCAAAUGGUAACAACUAGAACUGUGAGGUGGACCUGAUUUGAAUCGGAGGUGUAGACAAAAAAACAGUCCUUGAUUUAUUUAUCAUAUGACAUCUUAAUAACCUUAAAACCUCUGGCACUCACGUAGGACGCAAUAACCACAAGCACCCAAUAUCGUUUGACCUCAGGAUGGAUAACCACCACUUAUACAUCUCUAUGAAAUCACAUUAGUGUCAUUAGGCUCAGAACUGAAGUCACAUUACUGUGUCCAGUGUUGUCUUGAUACUGGAAGUUUCACCUCAGUACAAUGUGGCAACGGCCAGGAAACACUUCUGUCUGGUAGAUCUCUGACGCCAUCUUCUGGAGGCCAAAUUACAAUUCUCGUGCUGACUUAUUGUGUGCAAACAGGCCACAAAAUGUAUAUAAAUCUUUACCCUUUGGUGCAGCUCUUGACACGAUGUAGAAAAUAACUAAAUGUGUUUAUAUAAACAGUACAUACAAACAACAACUGCAAGGAGCUCUGAAAAGAAGAUUUAUUUCACAUACUUGUACAAAAAUGCAACUGUGACAAGUUAUAGGCCGUUACAACGAUUUCUUUACAAAAACGUAAAACUUAAACAUUAAUCUGCCCUUUUAAAUUAUUCAUAUAGUGCUAAUCCCAAAACAGUGGCUGCAUGCCAACAGUGUUCAGUAACUUCCUCUCCUUUUUCUACUCCAGUGACCUGCUGCAUGGCACUACUAGCUCAUUGCUUGAGUUUGCAACAGAUGCACUACACUGAGAGGGACCUGGAUAUCAUGACCAAAAAGGUCCUAAUGAUGUCGCUGUGACACGUGCAUGUGAUCCUGUGCUGCAUCAGUUUGUUUGGAGAUGGAGAGAGGGAAGAAAGUCAAAGAACACCAAUGAGACAGAGCCAGUGCGAGACCGUCAGUGCAGCCAGGUCUAAUUUCUUGAGCAAGGUCAGUGCUUUCAGUCCUCAAUGGUUGAUUAUAGAAAGAGUUGCGUUUAUCCAUGUUUUAGUUCGGCACCUAUGCGUUGAUGUCCUCCGUCCAUCCAAAUCAUUUUAAGCGUGCUCCUUUUGUCUUUAGCCCAUGAGGUAUCCUCUGAAAAGACAAAUUAUUCAUUUGUUAAGACAUUGUGACGCAACAAAUGUAGGUUCAGGGCAGCAUUGGUGUGUUAAAAUAAUAACUAUUAUGGGCGUAGACUUACGGCAGCUUCAUGCGCAUGAAUACUCUGGCCAUGAAGAAGCUGAGGAGAACGCUGACAAAACCGAUGAAGAGCAACAGGAACCGGUUGAGUUUGGGAAUGUUUGGUGCAUUGGAGCGGUCCAGGAUUAUAAAGCCCAGGCCUCCCAUCGUGAAAAGGAAACUGGAAGCCAAUCCUUCCAUAAUGUACUGUCCGUUUACUCUGAAAAACAAGUGUACUUACAUUGGUUAUGCAUUAUUUACUGUGGCUUAAAUAUGACGUGACCAUCACCUACUGGCUCCAGGUGCUCACAAUGUUUUUACUGGCGUACCUGUAAGCCAAGAAGGCCACUGGUCGCUGGUGUCCAUGCUCAUCAGUCAUUGAACCCACACUUGGUGGCUCCACAAUAACAUCGUAGAUGAUACCUAGAAUGGGAAUCAAUCACAUCGUAAUUAGAGCAAAGUUAAAGCGCCUUCAUCAGCAAGUUAAACACAACAGAGCUACUAAACCUGAUUGAAAACGUGACAUUUCCACUACUAACGUCAUAGCUGGACCAUAAUAAUCACAGAAGAAUCAUUCUUGUGCUAGCUCAAAGUUAGCUUAACUUACUCCCUCGUUCAUUGCGUUAAAGCUAGCGAGCUGUUUUAAACAUGCAACCACAGGCUAUAACCUGGCUUUAUUUGAA